AUGAAGAUCAUAAGUUUUGGUUCAGAACUGUGUGUUAAUGGUGUUCUUGAGCAGACAUGUAAAGUUCAGUUACAAAGUCUAACACAACUUUUGCAAGAAAAUACGGAGAAGAAAGAAGAAGAUCAGGUCAUUCUUUCCAGCAGCGUUCGUACGCGGAUUCGUCGACGUCAGAAUCGUGCGCUUUCAUACAGCCGCUGCAAGAUUCACACAGCGACGCCUCAGCCAUCCAGAUCACGAUUUCUUCCAACACCCUCCGUCUUUAAUUCCGUCCUUCACAAGCAGGUCUGCUACCACCAGCGAAAACCAGCAACCCCGCUACGAGAUUUGGACGAUAACAACUAUCUCCGCACAACAACAACGACUCUCACAUUCAAAGCAAAUAAAAGCGAGAAGAGAUGUAUUUUGAACACACGCAUAACUGCCAAAUCAUCAAAGAAGCGCAACAACAAAAAACAUGGCAGCAACGCCAAUAGCCCCUGUUCCGCUCUGACGAACGCGACAGACACCUUUGACACCCACCAGAUCAGUGACUCCAUCAACAACCGCCACUCAAGAAUAAGUCAUGAUGAAGAAGCCCACGUAUCCAUUAACCGUGUCACCAGGAGAUACGUGCUCUCCAAUCAACACCAUGAUCUCCAUCUCCGAUCGCGAGCUCACCACCAUGUCGACCACCAACGUUUUAUCUUGCUUGUCUUGGGUGCUUCUCCAUUGUUUUUGCAGUUUUCCAUUUUUACUGUCCAUGUCGAUUUGAAUGGCGUUUUAAGGAAUAAGAAUGAAAGAAAGCGUUACCUAGGUGGAGAAGGAGGAGGAGCUUGGGGUGAUGGAGGCCGGACAGCAGGGAGACAGCAGGCGCACACGGUGGUGAACGGAUACUUUGAGAUGCUUGCCUUGAAAUGUUGCUUUGGAUACUUUGUAGAAUUGGAUGAUAACCCUCUCUUCUUCUUGAAUGCUGUUGCCUAUGGCUUUCACAGUAGGGAUAUGGCUUUUCAUACUGGUAUGAGGAUUGAGCUAUGUUUUAUGGUUUUCUUGACAGUUGGACAGGGCCAAGGUUUUACUGAUGUGAGGCCAUUGCAGGUUUUUGUUGGUUUGGUGAUGGCUAUCAGGUUUUGA